AUGGCGGCCCAGAACAGCUGCCUCAGCCUCAUCAAGUACCUCCUCUUCGUUUUCAACCUCUUCUUUUUCGUCCUGGGCAGCCUGAUUUUCUGCUUCGGGAUCUGGAUACUCGUGGACAAGACCAGCUUCGUGUCCUUUGUGGGCUUGUCCUUCAUGCCGCUGCAGAUCUGGUCCAAAGCGCUGGCCGUCUCGGGGGUCCUCACCAUGGGCCUGGCCCUCCUGGGCUGCGUGGGGGCCCUCAAGGAGCUCCGCUGCCUCCUGGGCCUGUACUUCGGGAUGCUGCUGCUCCUUUUCGCCACCCAGAUCACCCUGGGGAUCCUCAUCUCCACUCAGAAGACCCUGCUGGAGCGGAAGGUGAAGGACUUCGUGCUGGAGACGAUCCAGAACUACCACUCGGACCCGGAGAGGUCCGCGGCCGAGGAGAGCUGGGACUACGUGCAGUUCCAGCUGCGCUGCUGCGGCUGGCACUCUCCCCAGGACUGGUCCCAGGUCCCCAGCCUGAGCAACAACGCGUCCGAGUUCCGCGUGCCCUGCUCCUGCAACAACUCGUCGGCGACCAACGACUCGGCCAUCCCCGACAUGGCCUCCCUCUCCCAGCUCAGCCGGGGCGGGACCCUGGCGCGGCCCAGGCAUAGCGCGGCCCUGUGCGCCGCCGACCCCAAAACCAGACUCACCUACGGCGAGGGCUGCGCGCGGAGCCUGCAGAAGUGGCUGCACAACAACCUCAUCUCCAUCGUGGGCAUCUGCCUGGGCGUCGGCCUGCUCGAGCUCAGCUUCAUGACGCUCUCCAUAUUCCUGUGCAGAAACCUGGACCACGUCUACGACAGGCUCGCCCGGUACCGAUAG